GGUGUCCUACCUGUCCCUGCAGCAGUGUCACCAUGCUGGGAGGCUUAGGGAAGCUGGCGGCUGAGGGCCUGGCCCACCGCACCGAGAAGGCCACUGAGGGAGCAGUUCAAGCUGUGGAGGAGGUGGUGAAGGAGGUGAUGGAGCACGCCAAGGAGGCCGGGGAGAAAGUCAUCUCUGAUGCCUUAAAGCGAGCCCAGGAGUCCGGGGGAAAAAUGGUGCACGAAGUCACAGAGAAGGUGGCCCAUGGUGUCUCUGAGGCUAUCACCCACGUGAUGGAGGGCAAUGACCAGGAAGGGUAGUGACCUCCUGCCCCCUUGGCCAUCUCAAUAAA